CAAUGUUUAAGGCCUUGGCCCACACUACAAUUCAACAAUUCUUGGACGUUUAAAGAGAAACUUCUAAGUAAUUAUGUAUAGUCUAAGAAUUGUAUAACACAGCCGCCCUUGGUCUUCCUCUCUCGAUACAAUUGAGGUUUAUGCUUUGUAUAUGUAAUUAUGUAUAGAUAUAGAUGACGACGCAUUUUGCUUCCGUCGUCGCCGUCGCCGUCUUGACAACCGCCCUGAUAUAUCCGCCAUCCGCCGUGCAUGCCCUGGGCGGCUCCUCCGCCACGCUGGCCGUCAUGUACGGCUCCACCGUCACAGUCUGCGGGAUAUCAGCCGGAACACCAUUCCAGGAAAUACAGUGCUGGGAAAAGCGCCGGAAAACGCCGCUGGCCGUAUACCCGAACGUCUCCUUCGAUUCAAUCGCCGGCGGACUUGACGUCCUCUGCGGCGUCCGCUCCGGCGGGUUCUCGGUCGUCUGCUGGGACCCCAGUUUCACCCCCAAGAGACUCUACUGGAAUUCCUCCACCCCAAUCUCCGCCAUUUCAAUCGGCGACACCCAAAUUUGCGGCGUUAAUAACCAGUCCGACCAUAACGUGAUUUGCUGGCGGGGUAAAAAAUCAUACGGGUCAUCCGAGAUUGUGUCAAUCUCAUCCGGGUUAGGGUUUUCUUGCGGAGUAGUGAAAAGCUCAAACAGAGUUGUAUGCUGGGGGGAAGAUAACGAUAAAGCUUCCGCCAUAGAAUCAGAGUUCAAGAAUGAAUCAAUGGUGAGUAUAAACGCCGGCGGAAGCUUCGCCUGCGGAUUGAACACUACAGGGUUUGUAGUCUGCCGAGGAAAGAAUCUAAACGGCGAAUUGGAAGUUCCGUUGAAUUCGGCUUAUGGUUACAGUGGAUUAUCCUCGGGACAAAAUCACAGCUGCGGAAUUAGAAGAUUGAAUCACACAGUGAUUUGCUGGGGCGGAAAUGGAGCUUUUUGGAGUAAAAAACUGGAAGGAAUCUCAUUCGAAUCCAUAGUUUCAGGACUGGAUUUCGCCUGUGGACUGAAAACCAGCGAUUUCUCCGUGAUUUGUUGGGGCCCUGGCUGGGCCGGAGAAGACGAUGAUAAACUGCUUUUGCCUCAGAUUCUCCCCGGCCCAUGUAUUCACAGUAAUUGCAGUGAAUGUGGAGUUUAUCCCCAGUCUCAAUCUCUCUGUUCCGGCAACGGCAAUAUUUGCCGGCCAUGUGAUCGUUCAAUCACAAUACCGCCGCCGCCGCCUCCGGCGGCGGCGGCGGCGGCGAAAGACUCGAAAGGGCUUAGAAGGGGUUUAUUGGCCUAUACAAUUGCAGGAUCAAUUGGGGGAUUUUCUGGGCUUUGCACAUUGCUCUAUUGCCUCUGUGUCUGUCUCCGGAAACAAAAAAUCCACAAUUCUGUUCAACCCACCAUUAAUGGCGGCACACAAAAAUCCAGCAGCAAUCCAGUUUCAAGAUCCUCCACGCUCAAACGCCAGGGCUCACGGUUUAUGGGGCGGCAGAAGAGCGGGACUUCAUCAUCUAAACGCACGGAAACGGCGGCGGAAUUCAUGUUCUCCGACCUGGUUGCCGCCACCAACUGCUUCUCCCUGGAGAACAAGAUCGGCGCGGGGAGCUUCGGAGUCGUGUACAAAGGGAAACUCCCCGACGGCCGUGACGUGGCAAUCAAGAGAGGCGAAACGGGGAAUAAUAAUAAACCCAAGCGUUUCCAGGAGAAAGAAAGCGCGUUUGAAUCGGAACUGGUGUUCAUGUCCAGGUUGCACCAUAAGCAUUUGGUCAAGCUGGUUGGGUUCUGCGAGGAAGACGAUGAGAGGCUUCUGGUUUACGAGUUCAUGAAGAAUGGAGCUUUGUAUGAUCAUUUGCAUGAUAAAAGCAACGUGGAGAAGAGUUGCAGCGUUUUGAAUUCGUGGAAGAUGAGGAUCAAGAUAGCCUUGGAUGCCGCCAGGGGGAUAGAGUAUCUCCAUAGUUAUGCAGUUCCGCCGAUAAUCCACCGGGAUAUCAAGUCCUCCAAUAUAUUGAUUGACGGGGAUUGGACCGGUAGAGUGGCCGAUUUCGGGUUGUCGUUGAUGGGGCCGGCCGAAGGGAGUUGUGAUUACAGCCGCCCGGUGAAGGCGGCCGGGACGGUAGGGUAUAUUGAUCCGGAGUACUACGGACUAAACAUCUUGACGGCCAAGAGCGAUGUGUAUGGGCUCGGGGUGGUCCUGCUAGAACUCUUGACUGGAAAAAGAGCCAUUUUUAAGAAUGGCAAUGACGGCGUUGCGCCGAUGAGCGUUGUGGAGUACGCCGUGCCGGCGAUCAUGGCGGGAGAAUUGGAGAAGAUUUUGGACGGGAGAGUUGGGCGGCCGGAGAGGAUGGCGGAAGCGGAGGCGGUAGAGCUGGUUGCGUACACGGCGAUGCUUUGUGUGAAUUUGGAAGGGAAAGAUAGGCCCACCAUGGCGGACAUUGUUGCUAAUUUGGAGAGAGCUUUGGGUCUUUGUGAUGACAGCCAUGGCUACCUCUCCAGCGAUGAAAUCUCCAUUAUUUCUGAGUGAAAAAAAAACAAUCACUCAAACCAUUGAGAAUUUCUUUCUUUCUUUCCACUUGUAAAUUUUUCACUAAUUUAUAUCAUCAUAUUCUUGUGAUGUAAAUGGCAGAAGUAUUUUUUCUAACCUUGGGGUCUAGUGGCACCAAGUUGCU